CGUCAACACGUGGAGCAUUCGUCGAACCUUCGUCAUCUUGAUCCAUCUUCAAAUUUUGCAGAACAAAUUCUUGACGCCUGUUGGAAAGCUCCAUCAUUGGAUAUUAUCGUCAGUCUCGAGGAAUGGCAUUUGGACCAAAGAAAGCAACUUGAAGGUGUCAAUUUUACGCUCUCUGCAAAUGCCGAUGACGAGAGAGCCCUUUUUGAGGAAGCUAGCUAGUAGAUAAACAAACCAGAGGAAGAUUUGUUCGGUGCACUCCAAGGUUCCUGUUGUCAUUUUUCUUAUUCAAUUCAACGAUCCAAGCCCACCAUGCCCAAGAUUCCACUUAACGCCAAGGCUGCUUUUCUAGGAUUGCUUGUCUUUUCUGCUUCCGUCGAGUCCUUUGUGCAUAACUCAAGGACUACUACACUGACUCCGAAAAUAAGACGGCAACCUUGGGAUACCCCUACCAUCCACCGAACACCGACAAAGAUAUGGGACAAUUUGAACGGUGAAAAUGGGCUUAAUGGAAGCAAUGGCGAAAUUGACUUGACCAAAGUGUCGCCACGGGUAUAUCCCCAGAGAUGGGUGCAACUUGCCUACCUGUCACUGUUAGCCCUGCUGAGUGAUUGGGUGUGCUUUUCCCUGGCGGCAACACCCUCUGUCUUUGAAGACAGCUUUCACCAUUCGGCAGCCUCUUUGAUUGAUUUGUUUUUAUUUACGAAUGUGGCUAGCUGCUUUUUGGUAACUGAUGUGGUGGCCAAGGUUGGACUACAAAAGGCAAUUCAGGGGGCUGCUGUUUUGAUGGCAGCUGGGUGUUGGUUACGGUCGGGACUAGGCUUUGUGCUCCCCGUGUUGGCGGCACAUGCCGCUGACCUACCGGAUGCCAUGGCUGACACUGUCGAAACCCUGGCUUCAUCGGUGACACCCGACGGGUUGGUGCCAUACCCGGUGUUGGUGGCAGGCACUCUCAUGGUGGGUGCGGCCCAACCGUUUUUCCAAUGCACUCCGCCUCUCCUCAGUGCUUUGUGGUUUGCCAGUGAUGAAAGAGCCACCAGUACUGCCGUGGCUCUCAACUUUAAUCAAAUUGGCAUUGCCACGGCAUUUUUGGUCGGUGGUGCCAUGGCCACCUCGGCAUCGGGAAUGGAAAAUUACUUUGGUUUGAUUGCUGUCUUGGCGUCCGUGGCAGCUGCCGGAAGUCUGUUGCAAUUUGAAGAUGAACCGCCCAUUCCACCCAGUGCCUCGGAACUGGAAAAGAAAAUCAAAGGAGAGAUAGAACCACCCUUUAUCGAAUCUGCCAAAAAAUUCUUUGCUACCAAGGGUUUCACACGAGCCUUGGCAGCCUUUGUGUGCAGUAUUUCUAUUACGAAUAUUGUGGGUGCGUUCAUCGAUGAGGUCAUGGUACGGGGUGGUGUAACGGAACAGUUCCAGAUUGAUUUGGCGGGUGCUGGCUUUGAAUUGGCCAUUCUGGUUGGAGGCAUUGCCAUUGGUGGUUACGUAGAUCGUUCCAAGAAGUACAAGUCUGUCACCAUGGCCUGUUUGGCCGCGACAGCCUUUUUGUCGAUUCCAUUGGGACUGACGGAUCAUUGGCUGGGCAACGAACCUAUCUUGCUUGUCAUGAGUUUGCUGGGAUUGGGGUUGGCGGCAGGACCGGUCCAGCCCAUUAAUGCCGAGCUGGCCGUGGAUGUGACAUACCCUGGAGAUGAAACUGCCGUGGAGAGUGUCCAGCAAAUUGGUGGCAACCUCAUUUCUGCACUUCUCGUACCUUUGGCGGAGCUGGCCACAAGACAGGACUAUGAGAUGUUUCGGCGCAACAAAUUUUUCGAAAGUGAUAUUCGAGGAGAUGUGAUCUUGCUCGUAUUGAUUGCAUCUGCCACUCUGGCGUACUACAGCGGCUUUGAUGCACCAUUGCUGCGGAGUGCCGCGGAUGCCGAGGGAGAAGAGCAGACGCCAGAAGUUUCAGCCUCUCAGGUUGCGGCGGUCAACGAUGCCGUGCUGAAAUGAUUCACGUCCAAGACGCUCAGUUUUGCCCACCGUUGCUCUCGAUGACAUCUGCCAAUGUCGCUGGCAACAACAAAACUUGCACAGGCACAGCAACAUUGAUCGCAAAAGACACCGCACGGCUACCACAUAAAACACCGGCAUCUGGCCCGGACAGAACCAAAACAACAAAACCAGCGCAACACAUCCAUCAUUUGCCAAGCACAGCUACACUACUUAAAUUCUUAGAUUGCCUACUUUUUUGC